UGGAUCUCGCGAGAAGUAUGGAUGCCGCUCUCCCGCGCCUAAUUCAGGUUUCUGGGAGCGGGUUUCUUGUCGUUUUGGAGAGUCCCGCCCCCCUUUCCUGAGGUAGAGAUGGCUUGUGGCCUCCCUGGUCGACUCUGACAAGUCCAUAGUUUGGAAUCGAGUGGUUUUUCUGACAUACCUGAACACAGAACCCCGGGUACUUGGAGAGGAACCUGGUACAGAGGAACUCUACUAUAAAAAUGAGCCCCACAGAUCCACUUGACGAUGAAGACACAUUUAAAAUCCUGGUUGCCACUGAUAUUCAUCUUGGAUUUAUGGAGAAAGAUGCAGUUAGAGGAAAUGAUACAUUUGUGACAUUUGAUGAAAUUUUAAGACUUGCCCUGGAAAAUGAAGUGGAUUUUAUUUUGUUAGGUGGUGAUCUUUUCCAUGAAAACAAGCCCUCGAGGAAAACCCUGCACAGCUGCUUGGAACUGCUUAGGAAGUACUGUAUGGGUGACCGCCCUGUGCAGUUUGAGAUUAUCAGUGAUCAGUCAGUCAACUUUGGUUUUAGUAAGUUUCCAUGGGUGAACUACCAGGAUGGCAAUCUCAACAUUUCCAUUCCAGUAUUUAGUAUCCACGGCAACCAUGACGAUCCCACGGGGGCAGAUGCCCUCUGUGCCCUGGAUGUUUUAAGCUGUGCUGGGUUUGUGAAUCACUUUGGACGGUCAAUGUCGGUGGAGAAGGUUGACAUUAGUCCGGUUCUGCUGCAGAAAGGAAGCACAAAACUCGCUCUGUACGGCUUAGGCUCCAUUCCAGAUGAAAGGCUCUAUCGGAUGUUUGUCAAUAAAAAAGUAACAAUGUUGAGACCAAAGGAAGAUGAGAACUCAUGGUUUAACUUAUUUGUGAUUCAUCAGAACAGGAGUAAGCAUGGAAAUACCAACUUCAUCCCAGAGCAGUUUUUGGAUGACUUCAUCGACCUUGUUAUCUGGGGCCAUGAACAUGAGUGUAAAAUUGGCCCAAUCAAAAAUGAGCAGCAGCUCUUCUAUGUGUCUCAGCCCGGAAGCUCAGUGGUGACGUCCCUUUCCCCUGGAGAAGCUGUGAAGAAACAUGUAGGCUUGCUGCGCAUCAAAGGGAGAAAGAUGAACAUGCAGAAGCUGCCUCUCCGCACAGUGCGGCAGUUCUUCAUGGAAGACGUGGUUCUGGCGAACCACCCAAAUCUGUUCAACCCUGACAAUCCUAAGGUGACCCAGGCCAUCCAGAGCUUCUGUUUGGAGAAGAUUGAAGAAAUGCUUGACAAUGCUGAGCGGGAACGACUGGGGAAUCCUCAGCAGCCGGGGAAGCCUCUUAUCCGACUACGGGUGGACUAUAGUGGAGGCUUUGAACCUUUCAACGUUCUUCGUUUUAGCCAGAAGUUUGUGGAUCGAGUCGCUAACCCAAAAGAUGUCAUCCACUUUUUCAGGCACAGGGAACAAAAGGGAAAAACAGGAGAAGAGAUCAACUUUGGGAUGCUCAUCACAAAACCUGCUUCAGAAGGAACAACGCUUAGAGUAGAAGACCUCGUAAAGCAGUAUUUCCAAACAGCAGAGAAGAAUGUUCAGCUCUCGCUGCUGACAGAAAGAGGGAUGGGCGAAGCAGUUCAAGAGUUUGUGGACAAGGAAGAGAAAGAUGCCAUCGAGGAAUUAGUGAAGUACCAGCUGGAGAAAACACAGCGGUUUCUUAAGGAGCGCCAUAUUGAUGCUCUGGAAGACAAGAUUGAUGAGGAGGUCCGACGUUUCAGAGAAAGCAGACAGAGAAAUACUAACGAAGAAGAUGAUGAAGUUCGAGAGGCCAUGAGCAGAGCCCGGGCCCUCAGAUCACAGUCAGAGAACUCCACCUCAGCCUUUAGUGCUGAGGACCUGAGUUUUGAUACAACGGAGCAGACAGCAAAUGACUCUGAUGACAGCCUGUCAGCAGUGCCUAGCAGAGGCCGAGGCCGAGGCCGAGGGCGAAGAGGAGCAAGAGGGCAGAGCUCGGCACCCAGAGGAGGCUCUCAGAGAGGCCGAGACACUGGGCUGGAGGUCACUACUCGAGGCAGGAGCUCAAAGGCCACCUCAUCAACAUCUAGAAACAUGUCCAUUCUAGACGCUUUCAGAUCUACCCGACAACAGCCUUCUAGAAACGUAGCCACUAAGAAUUACUCAGAGACCAUUGAGGUGGAUGACUCUGAUGAAGAUGACAUUUUUCCUACCAAUUCCAGGGCUGAUCAAAGGUGGUCGGGCACAACAUCUAGCAAACGGAUGUCCCAGAGCCAGACAGCCAAAGGGGUAGACUUUGAAUCAGAUGAGGACGAUGACGAUGACCCGUUCAUGAGCGGUAGUUGCCCAGGAAGAAACCGAAGAUAAUGUUUUUAAUGGAACUUAGAAAUUGCACGAUGCAGGAAGAAGUCAAAGCACCACACACUGACUUCACAGCUGAAGAAGUUUAAGUCUGGGCUUAUGUUUUAUCGUUUUCUGAACGGUGACUCCCUUAAGCCAUUUCCUAGCCCAAUGAUAAGGAGAUUGCAGCUCUUCUUAGCCUUUAACCUGGUUGUUAUCAUUGUCUGGGGCUGCGCUGCCAUAUUGGGAACAUUAACUUCCUGACAGAACUGUGUUUUCUGCUUGUAAGCACUUGGCUAAAAUCCCAUUCUUAAAUGAUGAUUAGAGAAAACCCCUCCGUUGUUCAUUUCUGCUUCAUGAUCAGAGACCGUCAGCCUCUGUGCCACAGCUAUCAGUUGAUGGGAAAGCUUACAGACUUGAGUGGUAUGUGCUGGAAUCUGUAUCUCUAGAGAGCAAGGCCCUCCUGUGUGUGGAGCAACCUGAGCACCCUGCUUGUUAUCAAGUGUGUGCAUUUCAGAGCUUGCUAGAGGACCAUCUACUAGGACCAGAAGGGCCUUAUAUUUAAUUAGUAGAAGGUUUUUGUUAAGAACAUUUUGGCUGUUUUGGUUUUGAUUUUUAUUCAUGUUAUAGCAGAGAUUCAGAUCCUGUUCCCAUUGGGCAGUACUCAUUUUCUUGAUGGCUCUGUCAGUAAUGACAAGCUCUUUUUCUUUCUCGUAUACUUGUCAGGAAGAAAAGGCUAAUAGAAUAUUUCUGUUUUCUUAAAAAUACCGGAAAGCUUUUUUAGGCAAAGCAGCCAGCUGACCUUGUGGUUAGUUCAGGCUGCCAUACUGCAGCAGGACAGCUUCUGCCAGUGUUGGUGUGGGACCUCCUCGACCAGCAGCACCCUGGCUUCAGUUGCUGUAAACAUCUCUGAAUCGAUGAUCCCAGAACUGACCGAAACAGCACACUUAUAUUUUCUUACUUGUUUUAGGAAGGAAAUAAAAAUGGUAUCCCUUCAGAGUUGAGUUAAAUAAUUUCAUUCCCUCUCCCACACUCUAAAAACUUCUGCUGGUCUUAAUUUUAUAAGGCAAGUGUGUUCAGACACUCUUUGAUAAAAUCUGAACCCUCUAGCAUGACAACAUGAUGUUCUUCAUAGUUGUAGACACCAGUGCUUGGGCUAAACAGUGCCUGUCUGGAACUUGCCAAGUUUUUGAAGCCCAGCACCUGACGGUACCACCAAGUCUUGAAAGUGGUUUGAGUUAGAAUUAUAACUCAGUGCUAAUGAGCUGCUUAGAACAAGCUUUGUAACUGAUGUGAGCACAGGGUUGUCAGCAGGGAACAUUGACAGCACAAGGCCUGGUCCUGUGAGAUCCCUUCAGGUAGUUCUUCCCACCCUCCAUAUUAAUCACAUUAAACUUGAAGUGUUCCCAGGGAUUGAAUGGAGAUGAAGUGAGAGGUGGUACUCCCUGACCCACUGAGUUAUAGCCAGAAUUAGGUGGUGCCUUGUCUUGUGUGCCAGUGAGAUGAUCCUAGGUGAGUGACAGUGAGAUUGGCCACUAAAGUCCCUGACAGGCUCCUGAAAAGGUUAGUGAGGCUUUUCCUCCAUUAAAAAAAUCUCAGCUAGCUGGGCAUGGUGGCGCACGCCUUUAAUCCAGCA